CACAUCCAAGUUGCGCUUUAUUCUCGUGUCUCCCCGAGAUGUUCUCGCUUUCGAGAUCACACCUCUUUGCAACUGCCGCCGUUUUUUCUCUAGUGAUCAGCACAUUCCUCAUCCUCGGCACGCGGUACACCACUUCGAUCGCCAAAUCUGCUGCGCUGCAGACAUCGCUCCCACCGGGCGGCUGUCCCCACGUGGACCCCGUGUGGAAUGAGACGAUCGACUGGGAAUUUCAGGUCGAGCGCGACGGCAACAACUACGGCUUAACGCGGCAGCAGUGCCGAGCAGCCUUCCCCAAGCUCUUCGUCGAGAUUGACAACUCGACAGCCACUCGGGGGGAUAAUCCGAUCACCUUGAAAGAGCUCGAUGCGAUCGAGAUAGCGGAUGGGAUGGUUCGGGGAGUGAUUGAGAAUGGCGAGUUAUACAUUCUCGACUACGCCCCUCAACCCGCCACCUUCACCCGCGCCAAAGCCACCCUCCACGCCCUGCACCGCGCCCUAACCGCCUCCCCGACGCGCCUCCCCUCCUGCGAAUUCAUCCUCACCAGCGAAGACUUCUACCUCCCAGAGGAGUUUGGUGCUGGAAGUCCUGGGGGACGUGGACCGCCCCCUCCGAUCUGGUCGUACACGAAACUCCCCUCCCACCGACACACCUGGCUCAUGCCGGAUUUCGGGUACUGGUCGUGGCCGGAAGUCCACAUCGGACCCUACACCACGCUGCGGCACCGCAUCCGCACCGUCGAAGCGGCUCUGCCCUUCGCGGCCAAACGCAAACAACUCCUGUGGCGCGGGGCGGUGGCGACGAACCCCGCCGCGAGGGGGACGUUGCUGAAAGAAAGUCAGGGGAAGAGCUGGUCGAGCGUGCGGGCUCUGGAUUGGGAGAGCCGGGGGGAGGAGGCAGCGGCGGGGCAGGGCACGGACACCCCGGAGGGCUUCGUCCCCAUGGAAGAACACUGCGGCUACAUGUUUCUGGCGCAUACCGAGGGCCGCAGUUUCUCGGGGAGGGGCAAGUAUUUGUUGAAUUGCGAGAGCGUGGUGCUGUCGCAUCCGCUGCGCUGGGCGGAGGCGCAUCAUGCGGCGUUGGUGAAGGCGCCGCAUCCGGAGGCGAAUUACGUCGAGGUUGCGGAGGGGUGGAAGGAUUUGGAGGUUAAGAUGCGCUGGUUGAUUGAUCACCCCGAGGAGGCGGAGAGGAUUGCGCGGAAUGCGGUGCGGGUGUUUCGGGAGCGGUAUUUGACGCCCGCCGCUGAGGCGUGUUAUUGGAGGGAGUUGGUGUGGGGGUAUGCUGGGGUUAUGGGGGAGGAUUGGCAGGGUCUGGGUAAAGGGAGGAGGGGAACGGCGUUUGAGGAUUGGGUGUUGGGGUUUUAA